AUGCCGGCGACCGCCGCCGCCGUGCCGGACCCUGCUCGCCUUCACGCCCAGCUAAUCAAAUCCAGCAGCGCCACCACCUCCUCCGCCUCCGCUAGAUUCCAAUACAACCAACUAAUCUCCCUCUACUCUCGUUCCCCUUCCCCCAUCCCCGACGCCCUCCAUCUCUUCCACCGCCUCCCCGUCACCCCCAACUCCGCAUCAUGGACAUCCGCCAUCUCCUCCCUCUCCGGCGACCCUCUAUCCGCCGCUUCCCUCUUCCUCUCCAUGCUCCGCCGCCCCUCCCUCCCCACCCAAUCCACCAUCUCCUCACUCCUCAAAAUCCUCUCUUCCUCCUCCCUCCACCUCCCCCUCGGCCUCCAGCUCCACUCCCUCUCCCUCAAGCUCUCGCUCUCCUCCCUCCCCUUCUCCGCCAGCUCUCUCAUCAGCUUCUACUCCAAACACCGCCUCCCCACCCACGCACUCAAGGCGUUCGACGAAAUCGUCCACCCGGACCACGUCUGCUUCUCCGCCAUCAUCGCCGCCCUCGCCCACAACCACCGCUCCGCCCAAUCCCUCUCCUUUUUCCACCAAAUGCACUGCCGCGGCCUCCCCUCCACCAUCUACAGCAUCUCCUCCGCCGUCCGCGCCGCCGCUGACUCCGCCUCCCUCGAUCAAACCCGCAUCUUCCACUCCCACUCCGUGGUCUCCGGCCUCCACCCCAAUCCCAUCGUCGGCACCGCUUUGCUCGCCGCCUACGGUAAAUCCGGCGUCGUUCCCGACGCCCGCCGAUCAUUCGACGAACUACACUUCGCCGGAAAAGCUAACCUCGUCUCAUGGAACGCGUUGCUCUCCACCUACGCCCAGCAAGGCGAUGCGGCCUGCGCCCAGCAACUGUUCGACGAAAUGCUGCGACGAGAUCUCCUUCCCGACGACUACACUUUCCUCGCCAUACUCGCCGCUUACAGCAACUCCGGCAUGGUGGAAGAAACGGAGAGGUGGCUGAACGCGAUGCGUGCGCUUUACAGCGUGGAGCCAAAGCUGGAGCACUAUUCCUGCUUGCUGGGAGCCAUGGCGCGUGCCGGGCGGCUCGAUGAAGCCGAGCGAUUCGCUCACGCAAUGCCAUUCGAGCCCGACGCCGCAGUGUGGCGGACAAUCCUCUCCGCCUGUAUGGCUCACCGGAACGCCGACGUCGGCCGGAGAGCGGCGGCGCGACUCCUGGAGUUGGAUCCGCGAGAUGAUUCUGCAUACGUUAUGCUCGCCAAAAUCUAUUCUUUUCUAGGGAGGAAGGAGGAGAUGGCGAAGCUUUGGAUGGGGAUGAGGGAUCAGGGUGUGAGGAAGGAGGGAGGGAGGAGCUGGAUUGAGGUCGCCGGCGGGGUGCACGUUUUCAUCGCCGGCGAUCGCCGGCAUGAGAGGUCGUCGGAGAUAUAUGGGAAAGUGAGGGAAUUGGAGAGGGAAACAGGAAAAUUGGGGUACGAGGAGAAGGGAGGGGAGGGGGUUUGGGAGCACAGUGAGAGGUUGGCGGUGGCCAUGGGGCUGCUUGGCGGCGGUGGAGGCACGGCGGCGGAGGGGAGGCCGGCGUUGAGGGUGAUAAAGAAUUUGAGGAUUUGUGGGGACUGCCAUGAAUUCUUCAAGUAUGUGAGUAGAGCGGUGGGGAUGGAGAUUGUGGUGAGGGAUGUGAACAGGUAUCAUAGGUUUUAUGAGGGGGUUUGCAGCUGCAAGGAUUGUUGGUGAAAUAAGUAAAUUUAAUUUAUGGGAAAUUUACAUAUAUACCGCACAAUUCUUAUGUAUUUUACACAGCCAACACCUAAAAUUUGAUAUUUGGACUUGCAACACUUUGUUUUGCCAUGAAACCAUGCAUAAAA